AGAACAUUUAAUAUUUGAAAGCGCGUUCAUUGUUUCGUGUUGAAGAUAAGAAUGAUGAAUAGAAUUAUUUUCAUUUGUGUGGUAUUAGCUUGCGUGUGGAAGCCUUCAUAUGCAAAAAAGAAAUGUGUACUACCAAGUCCACAGAAGAUAAACUGGAGCAGGCUAACUGGAAAGUGGUAUAAUAUUCUCAAUAGAAAGACUCCUGGAGACAGAUUAGUCAAAUGUUUACAACUGAGAGAUUUCGAAAAGAAUAAAGCGGGCUUCUCCUACGUUAUUGAAGACUAUCACUUGAAUACUGGAACGUACGGAGGUGUUAAAGUCAAUUUCAAGUUGAAAAAGUCAGGAAUUUAUACGCCUAUACCCAAAGUAGCAACAGGACUGAAAUGGUUGAAAAUCGUUGGGAAAGACACUCCUCAUCGCAGAGUUUCUAAGCCAGUCAAACACGAGUUGAUGGCAAUGUCGACUUCGAAUAUUGUCUUUCUCACUGACUACAAGAAUUAUGUCAUGGACAUCCGAUGCAGUGCAAAUGGAGAAAAGAUGAUUUGGGUUAUGAGUAGAAAUCCGCAUCCUGGACCAGAAGAUAUUCUUCGAAUAACUAACAAACUAAACAAAAUCGGAAGAGGUUGGAACGAUUUCCCUCUGUUCGUAACAGGAUGCACUAAAACUUCCGGCCUGCAUAAUUUUAAACAUGCAUAGAUGAGCCUGAUAUCACCAUA